AUGUCCAUUUCUUCUGACGAAGCGAAAGAAAAACAGCUCGUGGAGAAGGCAGAAUUGCGCCUGGCUAUCGCAGAUUCCCCUCAAAAGUUCGAAACUAAUCUGCAGACUUUUUUGCCUCCAUUAUUACUAAAACUCGCCUCUCCACAUGCCUCCGUUAGAACAGCAGUAUUUUCAGCCUUAAAAAACCUCAUUUCUAGGAUAAAUACGCUGCCCCAGGUUCAGCUUCCUGUGAGGGCGCUUAUUGUCCAAGCAAAGGAACCCAAUUUAGCCGCUCAACAAGACUCGACCAAUGUCCGCCUUUACAGUCUGCUACUGGCGUCUAAAGGCAUAGAUAGGCUUUCCUUGCAAGAUAGACAGCAGUUGCUACCGUUAGUCGUUUCGAACAUCUCGUGUCUAACAGGCACAGUAGCCGCCAGAAUGUUCCACAUCCUUUUGAAGCUUAUUUUGGAAUGGGUUGCACCCCAGGAGUCUUCACAUGAGCAGGAAGAAUUUGUUCAGUUCCUUCAACUGGACAACGACGGUUUUUCGUUUUUGAUGCGCCAAUUUACCAGGUUUUUUCUGCUGGUACCUUCAAAGCAAGUCCAGGUUUCUCAACAGCCCCUGUCGAGAGGUUACACAUGUCCGGGCCUAUCUCUAACUGAUGUGGCAUUCUUUACUUAUGAUGCGGGCGUUACUUUCAACAAAGAACAGCUGAAUAAGUUCAAAAAGGCUAUUUUUCAAUUUGUUUGCCGUGGCAUGGCGGCUACCCAAACUAUUGAGCAGUCACCUAGGAUGAUUGAACUGAUGGAAUUUUUGUGCGUUGUCUCUACGGAUUCUACAAAUUUAUCUGAUGAUGCGGCUCAGUUCAUGAAACGGUUUCCCAUGCCUUAUGAAAACGAAGAGUUCAUCACCUUUCUUCAGACGCUGUACAUCGGCAACACAGCAAAUGGAAGACCGCCGGUCAAGGCUAUCUUGCAAGAAAAAAUCCUGUCCAUAUUAAACAGAAGUCACUUCGCCACCACCAAAGCAGAAUGUAUUUCGUUGAUUUGCUCUAUUGGAUUGCAUUCAUCUGAGUAUAAACUUAGAUCUUUGACUCUUUCUUUUAUUCGACACGUAGCAAAAUUAAAUUACAAAAAUUUAAAUCCUGCUUCUUCAUCACCUUCAUCAACAGACUUUUCCACUUGUAUUGUUUCCUUGAUUAGAAAUAAUCUUCAUGCCGAAGGUUGGCCGAAGUUACAAUUGGGGCCUCAGACCCCAGCUUUCAAUACAGCCAUUCUGCAGAGACAGCUGCAAUAUGAAACAUUGGGUGAUAUCUUGAAAAGAGAUUUUGAGCUUGUAAGUGACUUAUCCUAUAUUGAAUUUCUAUUCGAGUCCUUGAAAAAUGACUUACCACAGUUCCGCUCCAGUAUUCAGGAGUCUCUGCUUUCUCUAGUAGGCCAUUUAUCAAUUCUACCCCAACAAUCUAAAUUAAAAUUAAAAAAUUUGCUCAGGAAAAACCUGUCAAUUGACGAGCAACAGCGGGAGGAUAAUAAUGAUGCUGUUAAUUCUAUAAUGGCACUCAAAUUUGUAUCUAUAAAAUUCACUAACGCUGCCUUCCCCUUCCAUGAUCCUGAGGCAAGGUUAUUCAAUAUUUGGGGUACUGUACGAACGAAUAGAUUUGACAUUAUUGAAGAAUCCUUUAAGGGGCUUCAACCCUUUUGGUUCAGGGUUAAUAAUGCUUCCAUAAAUACAUCAGCUACCGUGAAAACAUCCGAUCUGUUGGGCUCUCACUUGUCAGAGACUGAAUUUCCUCCAUUCCGGGAAUUUCUUCAGGUUUUGAUCGACCAGCUAGAUUCGGAAGCUGCAUCAAUUACACGAAAAUCACUGAACAACGCUGUCAGAUUUAGUAAACAAUGUCUCAUUUCCAAUGCAAUAUACGGUAAAAAAACAAUGGUUAUACAAGAUGAGGAUUGGUCAGUUAGAAUAGACAAAGCUUUGGAACUUGACGACACAGUUGUGUCCCGAGUUAAUGAAAUGGUUCAAGGCAUGAAUGAUGAUAUUUUCAUUCGCUAUUUGACUCUUCUGUCAAACGAGUUUACAGCUACGAACAGUAAGGGUGAACAAAUUGCAAUAUUUCCAUAUCAAGAUCCAAUUUUUGGUUCUGUCUUAUUAACUUUAUUGAAUUUUGUGAGCAAUAAUGUUUUACGGAGAUUGGAAAUUCUUGUUCCCGAUUUAUACCAUCUAGUUAUCAUGAAAUUUCAAUCGUUGAGUGAUAAUGAUCUUGCAGUCUGUGCAACCAUCAUCGGUAUAAUUUCUACUGCUAUCGCAGACUCGACUCACGUUAAGCGAAUCACAAAAAUAGCACAAUCACAAACAAUGGCAGAGACAUAUGUUGCAUCUUAUGUUGUUCCACGAUUAUAUUUGAAAGAUCAAACAAAUCACAUUGAAUCUGACAGUAUCCUAAACCUAUUAAACAUUUUAACAACUCAUCUAUCGCAUCCUGGCACUAACAAGGAUAUGAUAUUAAAGUUGGUCUGCCAAGUGACAAAAUUCGGUUUACUUCUCCAAGUAAGUGCACAAGAAAGGAAAGAUUUCUUGAAAAAAGUCAUGGAUACUAUACAAGACAAAUUGAUCAACGAUGUGACAGCAAUUCAAACGUGGUCAUACCUAUCACUAUAUUCAACAGAUUUAGAGAAUUCCAGUCUUUUUCAAGAAAAAUUACUUGAAACUAACGUUUCUAAGCAAAACGAUUUCUUAUUUUCAGUUGGUGAAUCUUUAAGUGUUGUGGCUGGUAAAUGGUCAAGUAAGUACUUGAUCAAACAGAUUGAUAUUCCUAAUUUCAAUGUUGAGAUCAUGCAACAAAAAUUCCCUGCUACAAAUGUUACCACUAUACUUGAUGAGAUCUUUUCAGGUUGCGACUCUACAAAACCCUCUCUGAGGAAGGCAUCUUGUAUUUGGCUGUUAUCAUAUAUUCAGUACUUAGGUCAUUUGCCAGAAGUAAGUUCCAAAUGUAAUGAUAUUCACUUGAGAUUUAUGAGAUUUUUGGCAGACAGAGAUGAAUUUAUACAGGAUUCCGCCGCUAGAGGGCUUUCUUUGGUUUACGAAAUUGGUGGUUCUGAUUUAAAAGAAAGUAUGGUCAAAGGGCUACUUAAAUCAUUUACAGAAUCAACCGCAGGGUCUGCAUCUACAAGUGCUACUGGCAUCUCAGGUUCAGUCUCCGAAGAGACCGAGUUAUUUGAGCCAGGAGUUUUAAACACUGGAGAUGGGUCCAUUAGCACUUACAAAGAUAUUUUGAAUUUGGCAUCUGAAGUUGGGGACCCCGCACUUGUUUACAAAUUUAUGUCUCUUGCCAAAAGUUCUGCGCUAUGGUCAUCUAGGAAAGGUAUCGCAUUCGGUCUUGGCGCCAUUAUGUCUAAAUCUUCUUUAGAAGAAUUAUUACUAAAGGAUCAGCAAACUGCCAAGAAAUUAAUUCCAAAAUUGUAUAGAUACAGAUUUGAUCCAUUUCAAGCAGUAUCACGCUCGAUGACAGACAUCUGGAAUACUUUAAUUCCAGAAUCCUCUUUGACGAUUUCCCUCUAUUUCAAUGAUAUUCUUGAUGAGCUUUUAUGUGGCAUGGCUAAUAAAGAAUGGAGGGUCAGGGAGGCCAGUACUUCAGCUUUAUUACAAUUGAUUCAAUCUCAACCGCAAGAGAAAUUUUCCGAAAAAAUGCUGAAAAUUUGGACAAUGGCAUUCAGAACGAUGGAUGAUAUAAAAGAUAGUGUCCGUGAAGUUGGUACCAAGUUCACCACUGUAUUGGCCAAAAUUUUGGCAAGAUCUAUUGAUGUGGAAAAAGGUGUGAACCCUACCAAGUCUAAGGAAAUACUAGACAAUAUUUUGCCAUUUUUAUGGGGUCCACAUGGUCUGAACAGUGAUGCAGAAGAGGUUAGAAAUUUUGCGCUCACAACUUUGAUUGACUUGGUGAAACACUCCCCUGGAGCCAUCAAACCGUUCACUCCAAAAUUAAUUUACGAUUUUAUCACAUUGUUUUCUUCCAUUGAACCUCAGGUGAUUAACUAUUUGGCAUUAAAUGCUGCAAAUUAUAACAUUGAUGCUAACGUCAUUGAUACGCAAAGGAAAAAUGGUGUCACAAAUUCACCUCUAUUCCAGACCAUCGAAAAAUUAAUUAACAAUUCAGAUGAUUGUAUGAUGGAAGAAAUAAUUAAUGUGGUUAUUAAAGCUAGCAGAAAAUCAGUCGGAUUGCCAUCUAAGGUCGCAUCCUCACUUGUCAUAAUUAUCUUAGUGAAACGGUACUCUAUCGAAAUGAAACCCUAUUCUGGAAAGUUGUUGAAAGUCUGCUUGACUAUGUUUGAAGAUAGAAAUGAGUCGGUUAAUAUAGCAUUUGCAAUUUCAAUGGGAUAUUUAUUCAAGGUUUCAGCGUUGGAUAAGUGUAUUAAAUACUCUGAAAAACUAAUAACGAAAUAUUUUGAGCCUACCUCAACAGAAAAUAACAAGAAAGUUGUUGGUACAGCGAUCGACUCGAUUUUGAAUUAUGCGAAGUCAGAAUUCGAUAAUGUGGCAAGUGUAUUUAUGCCUUUGAUUUUCAUAGCAUGCAAUGAUGAAGAUAAAGAUUUGGAAACCUUAUAUAAUAAAAUCUGGACGGAAGCUUCCAGCUCUGGCGCCGGUACGGUUAAAUUAUACCUGCCAGAAAUUUUAAACGUACUUUGUGUGAAUAUAAAGUCAAAUGAUUUCUCUAUUCGAAAAACAUGUGCUAAAUCAGUCAUACAGUUGUGUGGCGGUAUUAAUGAUAGUAUUCCUUAUCCACAAAUUGUUAAGUUAUUUGAUAUAUCGAGGGAGGCAUUAAGUGGUAGAUCAUGGGAUGGUAAAGAGCAUAUAGUGGCAGCAUUGGUUUCAUUAACAGAAAAAUUUUCUCAAACUGUGGCCGACAAUAAUGAUCUACAAGAAUCAAUUAAUCAUGUAAUGUACACUGAAGUUUCGAGAAAAAGUAUGAAAUAUGUUAAGAAGAUACUACCGCUUUACGCGAGAUAUAUCAAUGUGAAUCCACAAGAAGAGACGAUCACCUUCUUAAUUGAAAAAGCCAAAGAAAUGAUUCGAUUGUUGGGCAGCGAAUCUGAUGAUAGUGAAGGUUCCAUUAAGCAGACUUCCGAUGAAUCCACAAUAAAAAGAAUUAAGCCUAACACUGAAAUUACACAAAAGUCAUCCAAAGAGAACAUUGAGAACGAAGAGUAUGUGAUCAACUUGUUAAAAGUUAGUGUUGACAUAUGCAACAAUUCUAAAUCGAGGUAUCCGAUGAAUUUAUUGGAGUUCAUUAUAGAUGAGAUUGCAUACCUUUUCCAUAAUGACAGAAUUAUACACACAUGGAGAACGCAACUAGCUGCUAGUGAAAUUGGUAUCUCGAUAGUUGGAAGAUUUAGUACCAUAAGUAGCGCUGACUUUAUCCAAAAUGUGGGGAGACUAUGGGAUCAAACUUUUCCAAUAAAUUGUAACAAGGAAACCAUUGAGAAUGUGAAAUUGCAGAUGAUAAAGUUCGGUGGCCUGAUCAUUCAGAAGAUUCCAAGCUUGCAGAACAAUAUCGAGGAAAACUUACGGUUGUUGAACAGUAUUGAUUCAACGAGCAGAAUUGAGUUGGAAUUGAAAAAUAUUGGUCUAUGA